GACUAUCUCAUGAUAGCAUAGGAGACUACCAAAUAUUUCAAAGAAAAUAUGCCCACAUGAACAGCGUGUCAAAUUUUGGUUUCAUUAUUCCCACACCGACCACUGACUCUCCUUUAUAAAUCCCCCACUCUCCCAUUUACCGUAUGCACAUUCAAUUCCUUUGAUCACUGAAAGUUUCUGCUGCAGAUCAACAAUGGCAGAAACGAAGUCGGAUCAAGCAACCGAAGCUCUAUUUUCGCCAUACAAGAUGGGCAAAUUCAAUCUUUCUCACAGGGUGGUGCUUGCUCCCAUGACCAGGUGCAGAGCUCUGAAUAACAUUCCAGGGCCCGCCCUUGUUGAAUACUACACCCAAAGAUCAACCAACGGUGGGUUUCUCAUCACGGAGGGCACCAUGAUAUCUCCCACCGCUGCCGGGUAAUUCUGUAAUUUUUGUGUAGUAUAUUAUAUAUAUGGAAAUGAUCUAAUAGACACCGGUACUUAAACAAUUGAUUGGUGGAUACGUUAAUGGUAGGUCUCAUAAAUUUAAUGAUUCAUCAAUCAAUUGACGUGACAUGUCUUCCUAAAAAAAUGAAAU